GAAAGAAGCCUUGCCCGCCACGAGCGAGCUCACAAUCAGUGGCAUAUGUACAUAAUGCAGCCCGCGCUGAACGAGUGUACUGCGGCACGGUUUCCACACAACUUCAAGGCUUGUCGUGCGGAGGUCGAGUUCGCGGCAUUUGGAGAGAACUUUGCCCCAAAAAACAGUUGAAGGCGUCUGUGAGAGAUCUGACCUUGACGAAGGGCUGUGACUGUCAUACAAAAAGACAACUGUUGAUCUUUCUUUUUAUGCGCGGCUAACAGGGCCGGUACAUUGAAAGCGGUUCAAAGUUUGGUGCUAGGUCAUCACUCCUAAAAGCGUCACACAGUAUUCUCUCUUUGCCACAGUGCCUUCGUGCCGCACAUCCACAAAAUAUUCACAAUGUCUGGUUGCUGCUCUGGACCCGGUUACGCCACUCCUUUGGAUGCAAUGAAAAAUGGGCCAAAGGAAAAAAUUCUCUACGUUAUCUGCGUGCAGCCGGAAGGGCGUCAAAAGCCAGACUACUUGGCAACAGUUGAUGUGGACCCUGAGAGCCCUUCCUAUUGUCAGGUGAUCAGUCGUUGCUAUGGUACAGCCAUCGGAGAUGAGUUCCACCACUUUGGCUGGAAUUCCUGCAGCAGCUGCCACGGAGAUCCAAGCUGCAAAAGGGACAAGAUUAUCAUUCCAUGCCUCGGCAGUGACCGAAUCUACGUGCUUGAAACUGGUGCCAAUCCAAAAGAGCCCAAACUGCACAAAGUGCUAGAGCCAAGCGAACUUCAUUCAUUAAACUUGACAGCGCCCCAUACGGCCCAUUGCCUGGCUUCUGGCGAAGUCAUGAUUUCAGCAAUGGGAGAUGUUGCUGAAAAUGGAAGAGGGGGAUUUGCUCUGCUGGACUGCAAAGACUUCACAUUAAAAGGUCCAUGGUCAAAGGAGGACGCCAAGUUCGGCUACGACUUUUGGUACCAGCCGCUGUUCAAUAUCAUGGUGAGCAGCGAGUGGGGCGCGCCAAAGUCCUUCAGAAAGGGAUUUAUUCCUGAGGACUGCUCUAACAAAGAGCUAUACGGCAACAGCCUCAACUUCUUCAGCUGGAACGAGCGCAAAUUGCUGCAGACUGUUGACCUUGGAGCAGAGGGAGUCGCCCCUCUUGAGAUCAGAUUCUUGCACAACCCAAAAGAACCACAGGGAUAUGUUGGCUGUGCCCUUAAUGCGAUCAUCUACAGAUUUUUCCAAGAAGAUGAUGGAAAGUGGAACGCUGAACCAGUAGUCAAGAUACCAAAGAAAAAAGUUGAGGGCUGGCCAACAGAGAUGAUGGCAGGUAUGAUGACGGACAUUCUGAUUUCUCUGGACGACCGAUUCCUUUGCCACAGCAACUGGCUUCAUGGUGAUGUCCGCCAGUAUGACAUCACCGACCGCCGCAAUCCUAAACUCGUAGGUCAACUGUUCCUUGGCGGAAGCAUCUUGAGCGACAGCAAGGUCAAGGUUCUUGAGGACCAGGAACUAACGGAGCAACCAAAGCCUGUAUACUUGAAAGGCAGACGUCUCCACGGUGCUCCACAGAUGCUGCAGCUAAGCCUUGAUGGAAAAAGGCUAUACAUCACUAGCUCCCUGUUCUCCCCCUGGGAUAAACAGUUUUACCCGGAGAUGACCAAGAACGGGUCUGUUUUGGUGCGAGCCAAGGUGGACGUUGAAAAGGGCGGACUUGAGUUGGAUGAGGACUUCAUCGUUGACUUCGGCAAGGAGCCAGACGGUCCAGUACUGGCUCAUGAGGUGCGCUACCCUGGUGGCGACUGCACGUCCGACAUUUGGCUCCACAUAGAGUGAUUUCAAUCAGCCAGACAAAAAUGUCUGGCUGUGAAUCAAAUUUGAUUCUUAUUUUUAUGCUUAUAUAUUUUUAAGAAUUUAAGUUAUGUUAUUGGAAAAUAAAACUAGCGUUUAGCUUUUACAAUUUUUGUUUAUUUACAAUAAUAAGCCAAGAUUCAUAGUUUGCUUGAAAUUAAGUGAUUAAUAACUUAAUUCAACUUUCAAAAAAUGAAAUAAAA